AUACCAUUUAUCUUUAAUGUACAAUUGACCUUGAAUUAAAAAUACAAUAAAAUGGAUGAUUUUAUACCCACUCGUGGUGCACAAUUGAAGAAAAAUGCCAGUAUGAAUUUUGUUUCUGUAACAUACAAAGCUCCGAAAAAGAAGUCUAAACCUGCUGAGAUUCCUGUCGAAGGGAUAAAUUCUGACAGGAGUCCAAAAGAUACAGUGGGAAACAGCAAGGAGGACAGAAUAGCUGAAGCAAGAAAGAAACAAGAAAUAGAAAUGAAGAGAGCAAGAUAUGAUGUUAUCAAAUUUGGAAUGUCUGGUUUCGAGAAGGCAAAAGCCCAUAAAGCAAAGAUUGCCCUGGCUAUUGAACUAGGAGCAAAACCACCAAGGAAGAGAAAGAGAAACUAUAAGGAAUUAAAAGUAGAGAGGCAGAAGCUGAAGGAGGAAGAGAAAACUAAGGAACCAGCAUCAGGUCUCAGUAGAAGUUUGAAGAAACAUAGAGUUCCACGCACCAGAAAGAAAGACAAUGAUAUUCUAGGUGUAUAUGGAAAAGUACAAAAAAAAGAUAUGUCAUCGAAAAGGAAAUAAAAUCAAUCACCAACAGAACAAAAAUUAUUUAAGUUAUUUCAUUGCUUUUUCAUGUCAUUACAACAUUAAUCAGCUAUUGCUAACAAUAACAUUCUCUGUAUAUUGUAUACUAUACGAAGAAUAACGAGUAAUAAAAUAAUAUUUUUGUAUAUUC